AAAGAGAAAGAGAAAAUUAGUCUUAUUAUAAUUAGAUUUAAGAAAUACAUAAGAAAAUGAAUGGAAAUAGAAACAAUUCCAGACAUUUAAAAACGUAUAAAGUACAACACCUGCGAACAUUUGAGGUUACUCCUACAAAUGUAUUACCAAACACACAAACUGCUGUCGACUUACUGUUGGAAGGAUGUUACACAUAUGUACGUAGUUUUAAUAUGUCAAUCGAUGACAAUGAUGGUGAACCAUAUCUCAUUCUAAGUGAUCCACGUAAUGGAGAUGCUGAAGUUGAACGUUUCCGAAUUGGUCGUAUACUUUAUCCUCGCUAUCGAAUAACUCCUCCAGAUGUGUGUCCAGUAAACAAUCUACUCACAUUCACUAUCAAAGCUGGUUCAAUGGACAAUGGACGUCCAGGACGUAACGAAAUACAUUUAUUUCAAGUUUUAACUUGUCCUGCUCAAACACUUGUCAAUCUUUUAUUGAGAGCUGGAGCUCUAGACCAUGAUUCAUAUGAUCAAGAUGUAAAUGACUCCAUGCUAAUAUCCAGGGCUCCAUCUGAACCAAAUCUAAGGAUACCGUUGCAAACAAGUUCAGGUGGAUAUCAACUUCCACCAACGGUUACCAAAGAGGAUAGUGUAUAUAGUGAAUCACAAAUCAAUCGUGAAUGGAUUGACUUAGAAGUUGCACUUCUAAAUCACUGCUUUGAUGACAUUGAAUCAAAUUACAAAAUUUUAAAAAGCAGAACAAGUCGACAGUUCACUAAAUCAUCAGCAUCUGUUGCUACAUCGAGUAAAUCAAAAAGUCGAAUUUCAAGUGUUAAUGUGAAUCAAACAUCUUCUUCAACCACUGAAUUGGAUGAACCUGUGAAAAAAUGUGCUGUUGAUUUCUUUGAAAAACUGAAGUUUGCAUGUAUUCUAUUGGCUAGACUUCAAGACUAUCUUGUAGAUCCGAAUGCUGCUCACUUGACAAGACAACUAUUUGAAUUUUUAAAAUAUGGAGUUGAUGCUACACGAAACCCUAAAACGAAUAGAUCAAAUAUUGCUCAAUCAACCAUUUAUCCACUAUUACCAGAUUAUGUUGUGCUUUUUAUUCAAUCGAAUUUGACAAAUGAAUAUGAAAGGCUAUGGCGCAAUCUUGGAGAUGCAUGGAAUAUACCAAGGAAGGAAUCUCCUUAUGAAGAUCGAGUUUAUAUACCUCACUUUGAGAACAGAUUUACGGUGGUUCCACAUCAAUAUGAACCAUCAUUGUUUAACUACAACUCACCAAAUGUAGUUGAUAGACAAGAGACAAGAUAUAUGCUUCCAGCAGGCAGUAAAUUUAGUGCGAAUCAAUCUCCUAGAACACCACGUGACAAUAACAAAAACGAAGAAAAUUAAGUAAGUUUCAAAUUGGAUUUGUGAAUACAGUUGAAUAUUUACUAAUCACUAAAGAAUGAUUCGGUAGAGUUUUUCUUCAAACUUAGUAAGAUUUUUAUUCAGUUAACGAAGGUCGCUAGUAAUGUUAUAUAAUCCACUGGAAGUAUGUUAAAUGUUAACAGAAAAACCAAAUUUGUUAGAAUAAAUUUGAGAUAAUAUAUACCAUAUGAUACGAUUAGGCACUGGUUGACUAUUUUGUAUCGGAGUAUUGAAAUGUUCUGAAAUUUACAAAUGAUUAGUAAUUUCAGUAAGAAGUUGAAUAUUAGUAAAAAAAAAGCAUAUUUGAGGGUAUCAGAAAAUUAACUUUUUGUUAAAGCGGAAGUCAUGUCCAGAUUCAGAUAUUGUUAUAUUUAUACAUUGCCUUUGAUAUUGUUGUGUUCUAUGGGAUGGAUAGUGACGUACCAUUUCGUCUAGACAGUAAGAAAAAGCAUCAAAAUGCUAAAUUCUCUACCUAUCGUGUCUCGAUGAACAGCUGACUAGCCACACUGUCCGGGUAGAUGAUAGCCGUCUUCUGAUCUGUAAAAUAUCCGGUUUGUCCAAACACACUUAUCGUAUGUACCUCCAAUCAAAACAUUAAGACAAAUACUCGGGUGCUACUAAGUAGCUCAGAUACAUAUACAUGUUGAAAUUAUUUGAGAUCGAUACAACACCACUAACGCAAGUUCUGCAAGUAUAUCUGCUUUAAUAUUUACCCACUGAAUUUUUCUGUUAAACUAUUCAGUCCCUUAAAUGGUAAAAAUUCUAUACUAAUGACGAAUGGUGAUUUCAAAUAAAUAUUAUAACCAUAUGGGAUUUGUAAGUGCGUAAGCUGAGCUGUUGACGGUAUCGCUUGAUUGAUGGGAAAGCAUUAGACGAGUGGCUUUCAAUGCCAGAAUACUCUGAAGUUUUUUGAGAAAAGCAUCCUUAAUAUGGCCCUGGUUUCAACUACAGAGUACUUUGACUGCACCAAUAGUGUCUACUCUUUCAUCUGGAACAAUCGGUUUCCGAAAGUCUUUGUACUGUUGUCUAAUAGAAUUUCCACACGGUCUCUGAGAUGUAUUUCUUUUUCAAAUACAUACACAAUUCGUCAUUUCCAUACCACAAAUCCAUACACUAAUCUAUCUUGAUUAUUCAUCGGUGCAAUAAGUUAUGCGUUUAGUAGUUCAUUUUUCCCACAAAGGUUAAUCCUGUUAGCAGAUAGCGACUUUUUUCCCAAUUUUCUUACGGGUAUAAUGACAAUGGUGAUCUUUGACAUACAUCGAGAUACCUUAGUGUCCGGUACAUAAAAUGAUGUAAGAUCCAGCUCGUAAUACAUGCAUCAAAAACUAAGAGUUGGGGUCGGUAAUAUACUUACAAGUACCUGUAAGUAAUUUUCCAUAGAACUACUUUAGCUGAAGAGUCGUCCACAAACUCAUCUUUAUAUAAGCGAUCAUGUUCGUCCACAAUAAUACCAUUGUAUUUACUGCUAGCCUAAAGAAAUUGGGCCACUUCCUUAUUGGCUAAAGAAAAAUUAUUUGAAAUGACUUCGCCAACCGAAACGUAACUGUAUACUUAACAUACAACGCUUGACUUUGACCAUUUAGUUUUCUUGAUACUAAAAUACUUAAAAAUAAAAAGUACUCAUUGUUUUCCCUUUCACAAGUGAAUUCAUUUUCUGGAUAUGGAUUCGUUGAAGAUAUUCAAAGACCUCUAAAGACACUAUUUAGUUCUAAUCAAAAUAUUUUCAUCUCAUUCAUCUCUUGAUUAAAGAUUAUUGUAAUUCUUUUUCCCACCACACAACUUCUCUCUUUGUUCAGAAAUUUAUGAGACCUUUUUCCAUUUGUUUGUUCUUGGCAAAAUAUUUAGUUAGAAAUAAAAUCACAACCAU